CAGAGAGGCCUCUGCUGGGAUUCGCUUCCCUAUUUCUGCGGUUUCUUUUCAGCGGAUUCCUGGGGCUGGAGAAGAAAGGGUGGUAACUGGUGGAUCCACCCUGGCAGGGAGUGGGGGUGGGGUUCAGGGGAAUCCGAAUUCGUGGAAAGGUCCCCUGACUUCAGGAGUGGCCGGACUCGGAGUCAGGAACAAAGUGGUCAGGAGCGCAGGGACCACAGGGAUAGCGUUGAACACUGUACCUCGGGAACAAAACUGAGAAGGCUAAUUAGGACAGGUCACCACAGGGAACCGGGACGCGGGGAGGGGAACCCGCGAUGAGAGAAACUCCGGCGCGGAGUAGUCAGGCCGACGAAGACGCUGGCCAAUAACUCUCAGGGGUUCUGGGCUCAGUCCACAGAGUUAGGGGCAUACGCCGUGGCAUCCCUCAUGAUCUUGGAGACUGGGCUCUCCCGGGAGGAUCACGCAUGAAAAGAGGGGGGCGCUCAGUGUGUGCUGUGUCCACGUGUGCAAGCUCGAGAGGGGAGGGGGCGCGGAAGGCGUGACAAAGACGGACUUUACGUCUGAGUGUGCGCCUCGCUCCAGCGGGGAGCAGCGAACUGUGCCAGGCAUGUGUCUCAUGGGAAAGCCAGGACGAAAGUGACAAAGGCUGGGUGUCUGUCACGGGGAAACUCGCCAAGGUGGCCACUGAGCGUCUGUGAGUGCGUGCGAUCGCUGGGAGAUGAAACCAAGAAGUGUGCUGGGUUGCACCCCGAACCGCUUUCGGGAGAGAAAGGCGAGUCCAGAAAGGACCCAGCGGAAGCCUGGCCUGGGAGCCAGGAUGGCCAUCCACAACACCUUGCUGAUGUGUCUAGGACUGCCUUUGCUCUUUCCCGGGGCCUGGGCCCAGAGCCAUGCCCCACCUGGCUGCAGCCCGGACCUGGAUCCGAUCUACUACAACCUUUGUGACCGCUCUGGGGCUUGGGGCAUCGUCCUGGAGGCGGUGGCCGGGGCAGGCGUCAUCACAACAUUUGUGCUCACCAUCAUCCUUGUGGCCAGCCUGCCAUUUGUGCAGGACACGAAGAAGCGGAGCCUCCUGGGGACCCAGGUGUUCUUCCUGCUGGGCACCCUGGGCCUCUUCUGCCUCGUGUUUGCCUGCGUGGUAAAGCCUGAUUUCUCCACCUGCGCCUCUCGACGCUUCCUCUUUGGGGUCCUGUUUGCCAUCUGCUUCUCCUGCCUGAUAGCCCAUGUCUUUGCCCUUAACUUCCUGGCCCGGAAGAACCAUGGGCCCCGGGGCUGGGUGAUCUUCACUGUGGCCCUGCUUCUCACCCUUGUAGAGGUCAUCAUCAACACCGAGUGGCUGAUCAUCACCCUGGUACGGGGAGGUGGCCAGGUUGGCCCUCUGGGCAAUGGCAGUGGCAGUGCCGACUGGACCAUGACCUCCCCCUGUGCCAUCGCCAACAUGGACUUUGUCAUGGCACUCAUCUACGUAAUGCUGCUACUGCUGGGAUCCUUCCUAGGAGCCUGGCCCACCUUGUGUGGCCGCUUUAAGCGCUGGCGGAAGCACGGGGUCUUUGUGCUGCUUACCACGUCCCUCUCCAUUGCCAUCUGGGUGGUGUGGAUUGUCAUGUACACCUAUGGCAAUAAGCAGCACCAUAGCCCCACCUGGGAUGACCCCACCCUGGCCAUUGCCCUCGCUGCCAAUGCCUGGACUUUUGUCCUCUUCUAUGUCAUCCCCGAGGUCUCCCAGGUGACCAAACCCAGCCCAGAACAGAGCUCAGGGGACAUGUACCCUACCCGCGGCGUGGGCUACGAGACCAUCCUGAAAGAGCAGACGGGCCAGAGCAUGUUUGUGGAGAACAAAGCAUUUUCCAUGGACGAGCCAGCCUCAGGUGUGGCAAGAAGUUUGUGUAUAUCCUUGUGUGUGUGUGUGUGGCAGGGAGCCAUUGAGAAAAAUGGAAGGUCUUGUGAAUGUCUGCAGUUUUCUGCUUGA